GCACUUCCUGUUUGAAGUACAAAAUAAUCAGCAGUGCAUUUUGAAUUAUUUUUUUCCCCUCUCCAGUUAAUUUUACAUGGGUUAGGAGUUUUAUUAUUUUACAGUGAGUGGUUAGGAGAGGACGCAGCGAUGGAGGUUAUUCACGCUCAAGGCAUCUGGAUGGCUGAAAGUCUCCAGCAAAGGACGAUAAGUCAAACAGAUUUGUGGUUACUUGUGACACAUCUAGGAGACCCAAAAGCAGCGUUUCUGCUCCUCUUUCCCUUCACAUAUUUCAUCAGCAGACGAGCUGGAGUGUCAGUGAUCUGGGUAGCAGCUAUAACAGAGUGGCUCAACUUGGUGUUUAAAUGGAUGCUGUUUGGAGAAAGGCCGUUCUGGUGGAUAGGCGAAUCAGGUCUUUAUGUCAACAAGCCUCCUCAAGUUCAGCAGUUUUCCUCCACCUGUGAGACCGGCCCAGGAAGUCCGUCGGGUCACGCCAUGGUGACGGCAGCAGUCUGGUGGGUCGUGGUGUCCUCGCUGGGGUCGUUCCUUUAUUCCCGUACUCACAGUGUGGUGGUCUCAGCUGUUCCUUACCUGCUCUAUGUGCUGAUGCUGGUGGCAGUUGGACUCUCCAGGAUCUUCAUCCUCGCUCAUUUCCCUCAUCAGGUCGUCGCGGGCUCCAUUACAGGUUUCAUUCUUGGAAUCAUUCUUGGCCGCAGAGUCCCAGAAGGGCGCCCCCUGCUGUUCUUCUUCAGCUUAAGCACCGGUCUGCUGCUCUGCACUGUGAUGCUGCAUGCUGGACUGCAGCACCUGGGGAUCAACCUCUCCUGGUCUAUUGCUUUGGCGAAGAAAUGGUGCAGCCAUGCCAAGUGGAUCCGUCUGGACACAGCGCCCUUCUCCUCUCUGACACGAGACUGCGGGGCUCUUCUGGGUUUGGGGAUGGCUCAGUACUGGAGGCCCGGCGGGUUUCCUCUGCCCUGGGCUCCGCGGGCUUUAUCGCUUGCCGUUUCUUCCAUGGGUCUGUACCACGUCCAUCGCCUCCCGCUCCCCGUCCAGCCGCAGGGCCUCUUCUACGGCUUGUUCUUUGUCAAAUUUGUCAUUGUGCCUCAGGUUGUCAUGGUGCUCGUGCCGGGCGUCGUUUACCUUCUCACUCACAGAAAGAAAGACUAGGACGAGAAGGACAACGGCCCAUUCCUCAGCGUCUGUGUUAACACUCCACAUUUAGCAACAGUGUUCUGAGCGUGUCUUCAUGUUGUGUUUUAUUUUUCUAUAAGAGUUCAUGAGCCUUCACUGUGCGGACUGUAUCAGAUGUUUGACUGCUGCAUAUGUGCAGUAAAUAUAUACACUAUAGAAGUUAAGGCGUUCUAAACACUGCAGUAUUUUUGUGACUUUAUGACGUUGAGGAGUUUUCUGGAUGUUUUAAAGUUUUAUGAUACAUGUGCUUUCAAAUGUUGCCUGAGAGAGAUUGUGUAGUAAAUAUUUUUCCUUGUCUUGGAUCAUUUGUACAAUUUUCAGUGAUUACAAAAAAAAGACCUACGUCACUGUGUGAGGAUGUAAGAGAGGUUAAUAGUGAUCAGAACUUGUUUUUCUUUCACAGUUAAAUGUUUACAGGCCUGUCUUUGUUUUUGUCUACUUGACAUAAGAAGGUCAAGUGGACUCGUUCAGCGUUGCACUCCUGUAACGCUGUCGUACUCGUGACCGUCAGCUUCAAACGUAAUGAAUCAUUGUGUUGCUUCAUGUGUUCGUCUGUUUGCCUGAGAUCUUGGGCCUACAUUUCCUACGACGCAAUAAAACCUCAACUGUU